GGGGCGAUGAGCGCACUUCCCUUCGUCCUGGGACUGACCUGCUGCUGGUUGCCUUGCCUCGCGCUGCUGGUGGGCUCCGGCUACGCCCUGCCCGAGGCCUCGCGGAAGCCGCGUCUCGCCCGCGGCGCCGACGACGCCGACGACGCCGACGAAGGCGGCGGAGGUGUUCGGGACGACCCCGACGACCGCGAUGACGAGGACGAGGACUCCCUCGAGGGAAACGCGACGGAAGAGAAAGGGCGGUACCUGGGCUCCCGCUGCGACCUCAGCUGCAACCCGGAGCUGCGACACGUCUUCUGCGACGUCACUUCGGGCACCUGCGAGUGCGAGAAGUUCUACCCCGUUCGGCUGGGACCGACCAAGGGAUGUGCCAAACCCAGAAAGCUCGGAGAGCAGUGCUUCUACCGAGCGACCUGCAGCUUCGUGGACCGGCACUCCACCUGCACUCAGGUGCGCCACAACGCCGUCUGCGACUGCGAGGAAGGGUACCACCGAGUGGCCUUAUCGAGGCCCAGCAAGAAGAUCUUCUGCGCCGAAGACCUGGUGUUGAUAACCACGGAUGUCCCGACCCUGCUCGGCGUCGCGACGGGGCUGGCCGUGCUCACGGGGCUGAUAUGCUUCGUCCUGAAACUGUUCAGCAGGGCGCGAUACGCGAGGCCUCGCCAUUAUGCCAACGCCAAUCACGCUCCGCUGUUCUCCAGCGACACCGGUAUCCCUCUGACGCUGCACGGCGCCAGGCCGUCUUCUAGGUCGAGCGAAAGGAGCGCGGGUCCGCUGACGUGUGCCUUGUCCAGGAGGCCCAGCGUCGCCGGAAGUCGGGGCCCCCUGGUGCCGGCCUCGCGAGCAGGUGCGGCCCGAGCCGCCGCCAUCUUGCUUAUUUCGUGUCACCUGCAAGCAACCAAGGCCGGGAACAGGCAUCGACGUACCCUUAGCGACGUAGCCGAGGGAUCGUCCGACGGCAUCGGUUCUCGUCGACCAAGCCUGGUGUCGAUCCAUAGCUCGACGUCUUCCGCGAGGAGCUACAGCGCCCGGAGACUGGAACGGGAGAGGAACGAGAAGGAGCAGAGGCAGGCUCUUCAGGAACUGAGACUGGCCAAGCAGCGAGAGCAGCAAGAGCAGCAAAACCAGCAACAGCAGUCGCAAGGAGCUCCCACGCCGAGUCCCAGGACUCCGCACUCCACGGACGAGCUCUUGCCUUCUGUCCAGGAAGGAAAGGAACUCUUCUACAACGAGCAGGAGCAUGCGACGUCGAGUUCCUCGGAGAUGGCAGCGAUGAGCACGAGUGCCAUUGUCGCCUCGAAUCCCACGGCGAGUACGUCGACGACCUCGACGACGAAGACUGCAGUCGUGCCAUCGGGUGCAGCCGCGAUGUCGGUCGGCGAGAGGAAUGCAGCACCCCGCGUGUCAAGCGACAUCUUCCAAAUGUAGUCGACUACGUGACCCUGGUCACCCCCCGGCCACCGAAACGUUCGUGUAUAUAUGUCACAGAUUUUAUAAUGCUACCGCAUAAGUUGAGGACACGUCGCGACCCUUGCGUCUCUCGAAUCCCCUGGCAGGACAGGGAGACAUUCUUUGAGGGUGGAACCCUCCAAGGAAUGCGACCGAGGCUGCCUAGAGGAUGACUCUUAAUCGUUUAAGUCCGUACGAGUAACUCGGCUGCCCGAGGGGUCCUCUUCAGGUCGAGGAACGCAUUUUUAGAGAGUCGCUUUCGGGCAGCCGAGGAGUUGGGAUGAUUUUUUACCAGGCGCUCUGGAACCAGUCCCCUUAAAAGCACUUACGACUAAGUACCGGAUCUCGGUCCAACGUUACAAGAGGAAGGGAGGAAUUUCUCUCGCGUAUGAACCGCACUGUACCACUUAACGUUCGCAUCCUGGUACCGGGUGGCAACUUCUAGUCAGUCCGGUCUGUACAUUUUUAUCCGACGAGAUCCGUUUUCGUAUCAAAAGAGGGACAAUGGUGGAGAGAAACAAAUGGAGGAACGUUGAUAGUAUUCCCUUGAGGGCGGGGUUCGAGCGAGCUAGUCGUACCGGUUCACUUAGUAAUGUCGAGGUUGAGGAGUUCUCGAUUGUUGAGCAGUUCCUGCGGAACUGCGGAAAAUACGAAUAUCCCCCUGGCCGACCUUUUCUUAUGCCGCUAAGCCACAAGAGGGAGCUUGGAGAAUGGAGGCGAUUGCAUACAGAAAAGCGCAGAACGCUAAAUCAGCGAUGCCGAAGCGAUGCCGAAACGAUGGAAGAAGAUAUCGAUGUCUGCACUUUUUUUUUUUUCCCUCUCCGAUAUGUCGCCGGCUAGAUAAGCGUCCACGUGACGGUAAUCGUGGGUUCCUCCCUGCCGGAUAUAUUUUCGUGCUUCGUCGAUAUCUCCCCGUGUUAACGACCCUGGCCUAGACGAAACGUUAAACGUUAACGCACCAGGAAUUUUCAUGUGAUCCGACCUCCGAGCGACGGUCAGCCUACUCCUAUCACUACGGAACAAAUUCGAAGACGAUGCACCUAUUUCCAGGAGUUCGAUCUUAUAACGUUAGUCGUUAGGUUUUUCUGGAUGCAAUGGCAUGACUUAUCAUUCACGGAGAUUAAGUCGAGCAUUGCAAUUACGAACGCUACGGUACCCAUGCGUGCGGCACUCUUAUUCAUGGUUUGCAUCGAUUGCGAUUACUUUUACCGAUGGAGGCGCAACGAUCGAUCAUCCAACAAACGGUGUCUCUGCGCAACUACUUAGCUCUCGUAACUGCUACAUAAAAAAAAG